AUGGCUCGAGAACCGGUACUAGUGCACGUCUAUGAUAUGUAUUGGAUCAAUGAAUACACAACGCAUAUGGGUCUUGGUGUCUUCCAUUCUGGAAUUGAAGUGUAUGGACAAGAAUAUGGAUAUGGAGGUCAUGAUAGAUCAGAUUCUGGAAUUUUUGAUAUGAUUCCAAAAGAUGUUUAUGAAUUAGGAGACCAUUAUAGAUACAGGGAAUCCAUAUACAUUGGUAGUACAGAUUUCACAGUAAGUGAUGUUAAAAGAAUAAUGAUUGAACUUGGUAAGGACUUCCGAGGCGAUAGAUACCAUUUAAUGAAUAAAAAUUGUAACCAUUUUUCUGGAUCAUUAACAAAGAUUUUAUGCGGACAAGAUAUACCAAGUUGGAUAAACAGGCUGGCAUAUGUUAGCUCGUGCAUUCCUUUUUUUCAACGUUGUCUACCAAAGGAGUGGUUAACUCCGAUCUCUCUUCAACGGAAUUUGUCUCGAAGGAAAUCUGAUGCUUCUACAGAGCAACUCAAUCCAUAA